GGAUGAAAGGAAAGCCACGAGUUGAGCUUCUUCUUCCUCUUCUCGCUUCUCUCUCUCCCUCUCCCUCUCUCUCCGGUUCCACCAUUAAAGCGCUCACGCCAUCCUCAACGAGAAAACACCCGAGCAAGGCUGUCUUCUGCACCUCCGCCUUUCACGCACAUCCACACUUCCAUUGGAACUGGACCAGGAGGUGAUGCAGAUGGGGUGGCGGCGCUUUGUGACGGUGGCGGUGAUGGUGGUAAGUUUCAGGGCUGCGGCGGCGGUUCUGGACCCUGUGGACUUCUUGGCAUUGCAGUCCAUCCGCAAGGGCCUCGAGGACAUGCCUGGAUCGGAUUUCUUCUCGUCCUGGGACUUCACUGCCGACCCCUGCGCCUUCACCGGCGUGUUCUGCGCCAGGGAUCGCGUCGUGACGCUAGCACUCGGUGAUCCACGCGCGGGGGCUCCGGGACUGCUGGGCCGACUCGACCCCGCGAUCGGUCUACUUACCGCGCUUGCCGAGCUCUCCCUCCUCCCGGGCCGCGUCUCUGGUCUCGGCGGCCUUCCCCGCCUUCGCACCCUCGAUCUCAGCUAUAACCUACUCUCUGGUCCAGUCCCCGAGUCACUCGCUUCCGCGCCAGUGCUCUCCAACCUCAUUCUCUGCCACAAUCAGCUCUCCGGUUUCCUCCCGCCCUUCCCAGCCUCCUCCUCGCUCCUCCGACUCGAUCUCAAGCACAACCAGCUCUCCGGCCCCCUCCCGCCGUUGCCGACCUCGCUACAGUACCUCGCCCUCUGCUCCAAUGCCCUCGCCGGCCGCAUCGACUCAGUGCUCCCGCCCCUCACGCGGCUCAAUUUCCUCGACCUCAGCUCGAAUGUGCUCGAGGGCCCGAUCCCGGAGGCCGUGUUCGCGUUCCAGCUCGCCGCACUCCGGCUGCAGCGCAACGCCUUCUCCGGGCCGUUGGCGCCCCCGCAAGAGGACGUUGUCAUCCCGGUGGUAGACCUGAGCUACAAUCGCCUGUGGGGGGCCGUGCCACCGCAGCUGGCCGCUGUGGGCCGCCUCUACCUCAACAACAACCGGUUCACCGGGGAGGUGCCCCCCCGCUUGGUACAGGGGCUCAGCAACGGCAUGCAGUUGCUCUACCUGCAGCACAACUUCUUGACAGGGAUCAAGAUCGGUCCGGCAGCCGUCGCCCUCCCCGCCGGUGCGUCUCUCUGCCUGCAGUACAACUGCAUGGUGCCGCCCUUCGACACGCCAUGCCCGCUCAAGGCCGGCUCGCAGAGGAUGCGCCCCCUCGACCAAUGCCCCGAGUGGCGUGCCUAAUUCCAUCGAAAUCAAAAGUAACGGACUAAACAAGAUUCUUUGAUUGGUUAUUGUCCGUGGGAAAAUGAAGACUGCUGAUGCAUGUGAACCAAAAAAAUAGCAAUUUUCUGGUGAGUUCUCCUUCUAAAUUAAGUUUUCAUUCAUUGGUAAAGUUAUAGUUUUUUUUCCAAGUGUUGGUAUAAUUCUAUUGUUUUUUCAUGUAUAUAUUUCACAAUAUAUGAGAUUAAUAAAUUGUUAUAUAGAAGGGAAAAGUAAUGUUGGGCAAAGAGAUGUUAAUAUUGUCGUGUAUAGUGAAACACCUGCAAGAGUGCAUCUUGAAAGAGUGCAAGGUCAGCCCAAGUUUUGCUCAGUUUAUUCCAUCAGAUGCUUGCCACCAUUAAAUGCUUUAAAAAACAGUCUGGGUGCUGACUCCUGAGUAUUGACUGGCACAAACUGGAAAAUCAUACAUGUUGACAGUAAAAAAAGGUCUUGAUUGCCAUUUUUCCUGCAACUUGCUAUUACAUGAAGAGCUGAAAACAAGAACUAGAUGAAGCUAAAAAG